AGUAACACGUAACCUUAGUCUUGAUCUAUGGUCUUAGUUUUCUUGAUAUAAAUAGCAAAAUAACGUGCUUUUCCGUUGUAUUUGUUGAAAUACGUUCCUGUAAUGGGAAAAUUUCGGAGUAAACUCAAGGGGCAAGCUAAAGGCAAGCGCUGGCCGAAAGGUCAAAGUUCUAGUUCUAAUCCGGAGACUCGCAAACACAGAGACCAGGCAAAGUCGCGAUUUUUCCAAGAAAAUCUGGGUCCCAGCAAUCUGACCGCCUCUUCGUUGAAAAAGCACGAUGCGUCGCAGGGACAUGUGCCUCUACCUAAUGAAAAACCGGACGUGGAAACCGAUUAUGAUAUGGAAUCUUCCGCCGGUUCCUUUUCAACUUUUCAAAGUAUGCAGUCGUUCGCGUCCGAGUGGUCCGAUUGCAGCAACAUGUCGUUCGGCAGGUUCAUGAAAACUUUCCAGGUCAAUUCCGCGCUUCACAAAGAAAUGCUCGCUAUUUUGGCGGCUAUAACUGAAGUGAUCAAGCAAAACGGCGGCAGCGAGACCUCUACAGAAUAUUUCUGUGCAUUAUUGACAACAUUAGAGAGCGUUUACAAUGUCGACGACAGAAAUGAAGACCAGGUAACGGCGGUGCUUUCGCUACUCAAUAUGGGCGUGAAGACUGUGCCCGAGCCGGUGCUCAGGAAAAAUUUCAGCGACACGUCGCUGAAGAUGUUGCACAUUUUAAAUGAUUACUCUUCGGCGGAAAAUAACAUUAUCAUAAAAUCGACUCUCGGGAUCUUGGCCAGUUUGCUGCGUGCGCAGGAAUUCGCCAUCUGGACGAUCCCGUCCACAAAGCAGAUCUUCAACGCGAUACUAAACUCGUUCUGCAACCAUUCGAAGCCCAAGUGGAGGAAAGCCGCUCACCACGCGGUGAUGGCGGUCGUUAAAGCGAAUUAUUUCGUCCAGGGCGGACCCAACCCGGCCGCGGACCAAGUGGCGGAAUACUGCGAGCAGAUCCUGGACGCUUGCUUGGGAGGCGGAACCAAAGUGCCGGUUUCCUCCAUAGAAUCGGGCCAGACCACCAUCCUGCACACGUUGGGCUUGUUGAAGGAAACCGUGUGCAGUUUUAGCAAAUCUCACAUCAAAAAAUGUUGCGAAACGAUCCUCCGCCUCAUGACGCUCAACUACCCUUUGGUCACUUCGUGGGGUCUGCAGGUGUUCCACGCGUUGUUUUCCGCACCGACCACGGUCGCGUCCGCCGACCUUAACGCCAAACUCAUCCAAGCCCUUUACGACUAUCAGCCGGGAGUUACCGACGUCCAACCGACGAUGGCCUGGCUGCUGGUUAUGCAGCAGGCGCACGUGCACUUGGCCGACAUCGACGUCGCCGUGGGGUGCGGCGCGUUGCCGAAGAUUUUUUCCACGGUCGCGCAACUAUGGUUAUCCGAUAAGCAGGAGGUGACUAACGCUGCCACCCAUACCCUCGAGGUAUUGUUUAGAGACGCCAUCGCUGCGGCUUGCGAGUCCCGCGAAUCGGCGGCAAAGCACAAGAACCGCUUGGAGAAAUGCUGCGACGUCAUACAUUCGUGCCUCAGUUACCAGUACCACGCGGUAUGGAAUCAGGUGUUGCACGUUAUAGGGGUAAUGUUCGACGUCGUCGGCCCCGCCCUUCCGGACCUGAUCCGCGAAACGCUAAAGUCGUUGGCCGAGCUCAGAGACUCGUACAAGUUCCCUUACAACAACGAGCUCGAGUACGCGAUGGGUGCGGCGAUAAGAGCCGCGGGACCCGAGAAAGUGCUCGACGUCGUGCCGUUGAAAAAGGAAAACGGCGAUUUGAAUAUUGAACGCUCGUGGCUGCUGCCUGUGCUGAAGGAGAACAUCAAGUUCUCGACUCUGCGGUAUUUCCGCGAGAACGUCUUCCCGUUGGCACGUUACUGUCAGCAAAGGUCCGCCCAUCUCGCGCAACAAAAUGACGGCAUCGGCGCGCAUAGUUCCGAGCUCCUCUACCUGCAACUGUGGAACCUGCUGCCUUGUUUCUGCAAUCGCCCGGUAGAUAUUCGGGAAGAGUUCAAGAACCUGGCCAAGGUGUUGGGACACGCGAUUUCGGACCGGAAAGACUUGCGACUCGCGGUGAUGGCGUCGCUACGUAAAUUGAUCGCGGGCGCGAAAGAGGCGGGAGACGACGGCGACCUCAAAGAGCUCGCCAGGUUCGACAAAAAUUACUUGCCGAUAUUGUUCAACGUCUACACGACGAAACCCAUCGGGUCGGAGGAGGAAGGCCAGAGGCUGGCCGCGUUGGAGACCAUCAAGACAUACCUGACGAUAUCGAGGCCGGAACUGAGCAAGCAGCUGUUCGCUAAUGCGCUCGAACGUCUGCACGCGUCCAGCGACGAGCCGGAGGACUCCUUCAUCAAGGAAUCGAUUUUGGACCUGAUUCGGGCGCUGGUACCUUACCAGGAUCACGACCAGAUCGCGUUCCUUUACCGGCAGUGCGUCGAGUCGCUGCCCGAAAUCAAAAACAACAAAGAGCAGAAGAAGGCGUACCGAAUCCUCGAGCAGAUAUGCUCGAGCGACAGCAAAGGCUGCGUCCGGUUUCUAGCCAGCAAUCGCGGUCGCGUCCAAAAGCUGUUGAUGAAGUGUUUGAAUACUACGGCCGUCUCCAGCAAAGGAGCGCGUUUACGUUGCUUGAACUACUUGGUCAAGGCGCAGGCCGACCCCGACGACAAACUGAUCCGGUCCAUCGUGCCGGAGGCGGUGAUGUGUUGCAAGGACGUGAACGAGAAGUGCAGGCAGACCGCCUACGCGCUGUUGAACACGAUCGGCGAGCGUUUCGCGGAAACCGACCGAAUGCAGGAGUUUACGUCGAUGCUGGUGGCCGGGUUGGCCGGGGGUGGGCAGCUGGUCACCUGCACCGUGUUGGCGCUCGCUUCGGUAUUGCACGCUUUUUCGGGUGCCCUCGGCCCCGACAACAUCAAGCUGAUUUUGGAGAACGUCUGUCUGCUGGCGUCGUCGCCCAAUCGCGAGAUCGUCGGCUCUUGCCUCAGCUUCAUUAAGGUUUAUUGCUCCACGCUGCCCCUGUUGACUGUCGGCGCCUCUCUCGAGUGUUUGGUUAAGGGCUUGACGGACAUGACCGAGGAUUGCAAGCGGCACUUUAGAGUAAAGGUGCGUGAUAUUCUCGACAAGCUGGUGAGAAAGUACGGGUGCGACUCGAUCACCCCGUACAUACCCGAGACUGACGCGGUCAUGCAUAAGCGUCUGCGCAACCUCAGGAAGCUGAACGCGCGCAGGAAGCGACUUCGAGAGGCGAGAAAGGGUCAGGACGGCUCGGACAGCGAUCGCGACUUUAGCGUCAACGCCAAACCCAAGAGCGUGGACGAGAUCUUGGCCGAUCUCGACUCGGACCGGGAAGACUCUGGUGACGAGCGCGAAUCCAGGAAACAAACGGAGGCGUGGAUCGAGGAGGAGCCAGAGACCAUUGUGGACUUUGCGGAUCCCGCUGUGAGUAACAAAAUCUCGGCUACGAGGCCGCGGCCGCCUCCGCAGGAAGGUGGCAAGAAGAAAGACGCGUCGAAGGCGUUUAAGACCUCAUCGGACGGCAGGCUUAUCAUCAAAGACGACUCAUCGGACGACGAAAGAGACGGUAAAAAGUCGAACGUGGAGGUUAUGGACACUUCCCAGUCCGAGGACGAGGCCAGCAUAGCGGAGACGUUGCCGCUGUCCGACCGGAAGAGGAAGAGGUCGGGGAGCGUUAAGAGCGGGCUUAGCGCGGCCAGCCAUCCCCCGAUGAAAUACAAGCCGGGAGGCGGCGGGAUUCACAGACCAACAGGCUCGCAGGCUUCGGCGAAGUCGGUCGGGUCGGAAUACAGGUCGAGGAAGGGGCACGGGGACGUAAAAAGGAAGGGCAAGAAGCUCGACCCUUACGCGUAUUUGCCGCUCAAGAGGACAGCUUUGAACAAGAGGAAAAAGAUGAAGGCGGCCGGCCAGUUCAAGAAUAUCGUCGGAGCGGCGAAGAGUGGCGCUCUAAAGGGGACUAAAGCGAAGAAGAAUAGAAAUAAUAAGUGAAAGG